CCGGCCAGCAGGAAAUGACGAAGGCAGAGGGCGUCCAGGUCCGCUCGGUAACCGUUUCCCGCGCGUCCGGCCCCGACCCCGGGGGAAAGAGCCCCGGAGCGGAGCAGCACUGGCCGCGUGCCGCCUCCGGAGCCGGCAGCCCCCAUGGCCGGGGGUUAUGGAGGGAUGGCUGACGAUGGUUCUAUUGAUUAUACCGUUCACGAAGCCUGGAACGAAGCCACCAAUGUUUACUUGAUAGUUAUCCUUGUUAGCUUCGGUCUCUUCAUGUAUGCCAAAAGGAACAAAAGGAGAAUUAUGAGGAUAUUCAGCCUGCCACCUACAGAAGAAACUUUGUCAGAGCCCAACUUCUAUGACACGUUAAGCAAGAUUCGUUUAAGACAACAACUGGAAAUGUAUUCCAUUUCAAGGAAGUAUGACUGUCAGCAGCCACAAAACCAGGCCGACAGUGUGCAGCUCUCACUGGAGUGAAACCUCAGCAAAUGAGCAACAUAAGUAAUUGUUGCAAGCUCCUAAUUCUUUCUACUAAAUCAUGAACAGCUUUAAAAACAACUUCUGUCUGCAUAAAAUUAUUUUACUUGUGACUUUUUCCCAACUGUUUUGUGCAUUUUGCUUUUUUAAAUUGCGUCUCCAAGUCAUUGUUAGGUAAAUACAGAUGGCUCAAAAGGCCUGGACACAGGAAGCUUGCACAUACCAAGGAUCUCUGUAACCAGUGAUGGUGACUUUACCUUGCAAAGACCUCUGAUUCCUUCAGGAUACAAUCAGAAAUAAAAACACAUCUUGGGAAGCGGGAAUCCUGGAGUUUAUGCCACUGUGAUUAGAACAUUUUGCAAUAUUAAAAAAUAAAAAUACAGCCAUUGGAACAA